UAUACUGUAUCUCCUUCUCACGAUGGCUUGAAAUUCACCAAAAUUCGUCAUGGCCAUCCAGUGCAGUAUGCAAAGGCAAAUUACAGCAAGACAAUGCAUUAUCAAGACUACUUGGGGACUAUCCACAGUAUCCUUAUAGAUGAGAGUUUUAAAUCUCCCACUACUCCACCAGGGUUUGAUCCUCAUGUUGGUAUGAGAAAAAUCAAAGCAGUCAACGAGUUUAGCACCAUGGCAUACCCUGAGAUGGCAUAUGUUAGUCAAGGCAAGCUUCGUUUCCUCACAAGGCAUGUGGACAGAAGAGAAUGGAUGAAGCCUAAUAAGAACAUGCUGACAGCAUCUAUACAAAUCGGAGAUAUAAAACCAAGGCGAAAGUAUCUCAAUGUUACUGAAGCUAGAAAAGAAAUUGUUGGAAAUCUCACAUGUAUGGAGAACCAACCAGAUCAAGGAUCACCAGCCCUAAGUGUCUGCUUCAGAAAACUUGUGGAUGUUUUAGAGAUCCUUCCAGAUGAAGAAAUCAUCAAAAUUGCCAAUUUUUAUUUUGAGAGACUAAAACCCACAUUGGCAAAACACAGAAUAGCCACAGAAAAUAUGAUAGAUGCUUACGGAGUCCUGGCUACAGAAUUGUCUGAAAAUCUUUUGGCACAAAAGAUAUUUUUGAGUCCUAAACCAAAUCAUGAUUAUGUCAAAAGGGUGUUAACUCACAUUGUCUCCAAUGACAAACCCCCACAUGAGUUUUUCCUGAAAACAUUAGAAGAUGCAGUAUUUCACAGGGAAAAGUUUCCUGCAGAGUUUUAUGUCUUAGACACCCACAGUAGAUGCAUGCUAGCCCUAGGCUCUGUUAGCCACAAACUUCAUAAGCAUGGUAAUCCAGAGAGGGCACGAAGAAACAUUGACAAAAUACACGAGGUGCUAGGAUAUCAUGAUCCUUGGCUGUUCAGAAAAAGGAGAGAAACAAUGGACCCUUUUGACAUGGAGAAACAUGACCAUCAGAGGGUUGUACUUCUUGAGACAUUAGGCAACGCUCGACUUGACCACUCAUAUGAUUACAUUGUCUCUCAUAUCAACAGUACAAACUCCCCUUGGGUCAAGAGAGCUGGAUGCCAUGCCCUGAGGAAAUAUGAACAUGACCAUGCUGCCGAGACUUUACUGUAUGCUGCUGUGUAUGAUGAAGAUCAAACUGUUAGAUACGAUGCCUCUUUGCUGUACAUGGCUCAUCCCAAAGGAAAAAUGAUUGCUCCUCUAGACAACAGAAUUUCUCAUGGUGGCAACACAACGUAUGUUGAGGACCCUUAUGACAGUGGAAUGGGAGUUAUGGACCUUGCUGAGCACAAUGCUAGACGUUCCAAAAGAAGCAUUUGGGAUGGACUAUACUUCAGACUGGAAGCUCCAAGUGUUGACUGGAGAAAACUGCUAGGUUCAACAGAUAUUGGAGCCUCGUUUGGAGUCAUCAUGAUGAACCUUUUGGAUUUGUCCAUUGCACCAACAAGUGGUCAUGUGAAGAUCCGCGUCCAUGAUGAAGCUUAUGCUAGAGUCCAUUUGGGAUUUAUGAAUGUAAAUUUGGAUUUCUUUGUUGCAAGAAUUUGUUUUAAAGGAGGUACAGAGUACAACAUCAACAUUUUGCAGGGAAAUGAAAUGAAAAAAGCAAUUAAACUAGCCAAAAGCUUCUCCAAAAAAAUAAAACAAGUAGUUGCAGGGAUUAAAGAUGGUGUCGAAUUGUUCAAAAAUCUUGUGAAAGGAAAAAUCAGCAUCAAAGAUUACAUUGAUGAAUUGGUCACAGCCAUUUCUGAAUUACCAAAGAAGGUCUUGCAGCUGAGAAAUGUUACAGUGACAGCCAUGCAGAAACUAGCAAAGUAUGAUGAAGAGGUCUUCCCUCCUCCAUUCAGACCCAUGGUUCAUUUCGUUCAUAAAGUUGCCAAGCUUUUCAAUGACAUCAAAGCAGAUGUUAUGGGGUUCGUCAAUCAAGUUGAACAAACAAUCAAAGUUAUUAUUCCACAACAAGGAAAAAUCAUCUAUGAAUCUAUAAAGGAUAUUAUUGAUGGUUUCUCGGUCAUAACUAAAGACCCCAAGAAUGCUAUUAUGAACAUUGGCAAGGGAGUUAUGUCGAUAUACCAGGCAAUCAUGGCACUUUUGGAGGCAAAAAAUAAGACACAGGAAGCAUGCUUCUUCUUAAGAGAUGAGAAGCCAUACUGGUUUGAUGUGCAGGGCUUAAUAGUGGAGUACACAGAACUUGCUAAACAAGCUUUCACAAGUUUAAAGGAUGCAGGAACUGCCUGGGUCAAUGAAAUUAUACCAAAGGAAGAAGACCCGAUCUUAAAAAUAAGCAAUGGGAAAAUAACUACAAUGCAGUUGAGACAAGAAAUAGUAGAUGUGCUGAUGCCCAUCAAAGAUGAACUAAUGACACCAUUUCAGGGCUUGAUGGGCAUGGCAGAUGCCUUUGUAGCAAAAUAUUCUAAAGUCUUCAACUUGAUAAAGAAUGUCAAAGAGGCAUAUACCAUUUUAAAAGAGGGGUAUCAAACAGCCAGAGCUAUUAUUGACUCAAUAUUUGGACCAAAAGCACACAAAAACUUUCCAAGAAUAAAGAGGUUGAAAGGCAAAGGUUGUGGUGGUAAAGGACUGUACCCUUCAGAAUUAGAUAAUGGUGACCCAGAAUAUAAACAUAAAGGAGUAGAUGUGCAGGCAGAGAAAGGGGACAUGCUUGUUGCACCAUUUGCUGGUACCAUUAAGAGAGAUGCAUAUGAUGACAACUCAGUUAUUAUAGCAAUCACAACAGGAUCAAUGGCAGGAAUGAAUGUAUUCAUCACCAAUAUAGAGCCUAACUCUACCAUACAGACAACAGUGGGAAGUACGGUUGCAGCAGGGCAGAUCAUUGGAACAGUCGUGAAGUCUCCAUGUAUUAAUCAUGUUCACCUUGCUAUGAAGAAGAAUGGUGCUACAGACUAUGUUGACCCCACAAAGUUUCUGGAAUCAAUAUUCCCGACUAUGCCUGUCUGGAUUCAACAGUGUGAUGAUUAUAAAUUGGUUUGGAAGUUUGAAACAAUAGCAGCUGGUGUCAUUGUUGGAUUAGGGGGACAGGCCCCCCAAAAUAACACUCCGACUCUCAACAACACAAAGCUGGCUGUUCCUCCAGCUAAUCCCCCAGAAAGUGCUGAUCCGGACGACACAAAAAGCAUCAAAUCUGAUCCAGACAGUGCCUAUAAUAAAGUGAAGAGUAAUCAAGCUGCAGCAGAUCAAGGUAUGGAUGAACCAGAGGAUGACCAGUGUGCCGCUAUAAUGGGAACCACCGCUCUGACUACCACUACCACCACCACCACAACCACCACUACCACACCGGCACCAGGGGCAAAGGGCUUUGUUAAAGGGAUGUUCUCAAAGCUGCUGAAGACCGCAGAUAAGUUUUUACAGAAGCUGAAUUUGAGACGCUUGAAAAUGGGUACUAUCAUAGAAUUCCUGGACAAAUUUGGAAUGGUUAAGAGUAAAGAAGCCAUGGUCAAAGUCAUCCUUACUAUCAAAGAAAUCAUUGAUAACAAGCCUUGUUUGAAGCCAAGUGAGAUGUCAGAGGAUCAGUUAUCUCUGGAACUUAAAGAAAGGGGGAAGAAUUCAUCAGGGUCCAGGGAGGAAAUGGCAGAGAGGCUGCUUAAACUUGAUCAAGGAUGUCCUUUGAUAUCAUUCACCAUGCCGAAGAAUGUGUACUGUACAUUUGAUAGCUACUGUCUUGGAGUGGAGUGUUGUAUCAAUGUCAAAUUAAUGAUGUUCCUGAAAGUCUUCAAAGCAUGGGCCAGAUUUGACCCAUGUACAAACCCUAUGAAGUUCACUAUGGCGUUUGAAAAUUAUAAAUAUGUAAUUGAUAUAAACCUCAGUAUUGAUUUUGAUGGAUUUGAAGGUGAACUGAGAUCAGGAAUCAAAUUAGACAUCUUGGGAGGCAUUGAGCUUCUCAUUAAAUAUAAUAUCUUCAAGGGAGAGAAUGCAACAUUGGCUACAUUUGGAGCUGGUUUCUGCAGCUUUGAUGACUCUGAAAACUGUGUGAUGUAUAUAAAUCUGCUGGAUAAUGCUGUUCUUCCUAUACCAACAUGCUUACCAGAUGGAACAUUUGUUUGGCCAAAGGUGGACUUCAAAAAGCUUUUUGACAAACAAGCAUUUAUGAAUAAAAUAAAAGAACAAGGAAAAGCCCUGGUCAAGGCUGCUGCCUCAGAGCUGGCAGGAGAAUUUCUCAGCACCCUGGGACUUCCAAAGGAUUUCCUGAAAGAGACCGGGCCCUGUCCAAGACCAGAGAAUAUGACCUUGGGACAGGUCACAGAAAUUCUGGAAUCAAGGAAUUUAUCAACCAAUGGAUCAAGAGAUGACCUUAAUAUGAGAAUCAGAGAAAAUGACCUCAAAUGUUCCCUCCUUGGGUUCAACAUCACUCUACCAACAAUCAAGAAUGAAAAGCUGGCCCGCCAUGUUUAUUACUCGAUUGAGAGUGACUGUAUGAGACUGGACACAUGUGCCGAUAUUUCCCUUUCCUUGGCUGGAUUGUCCUAUACUAAAGCCAUGAAGGCAUACGUCGACCUGGAUCCCUGCAGCUUCGUUUUAAAGGUCGGAUUUGAGACCUUCCAGUUGAUGAAAGUGUUGCUGAAUUAUGACUGGGGCACUGAAAAGGUUCAAGAAAUUUCCAAGAAUGUCAAAAUAAAGUACAACCUGAACAGAAAUGUUGACAAGAAGAUUUUUAUUCUGGACUUUGGCCUGCAGAUUUGUUUGUCAGAGGGAGAUUGUAUUCUAGAUGACUAUCUACUUAAACAGUUUGAAUUCCCUAUUCCCCUCUGUGGAGAUUUUGUUCUUCCAGGAGGUGGUUCCAUUAAAGGCAUGCUUGCAGAAAUCGGAGGCAAAAUGACUGAGGAGGCAUUUGAAUUAAUUCUGAGGAAAUUUGAGUUAGACAAAGUUAUUGUAUCAGGGAAAUGUUCAGUUCCAGAAACUCCACCAACUUGUCCGUCCACAUUUGAUGUGAGAAAGUAUAUGCCAACAGGGAUCAAACACAUGGUGACCUGUGAAUUGCCUCCUAACUGUUGGGGAAUUGACUGCUGUUUAGAUCUAACUUUCACAAUUCCACUGGGGGACAUCAAAAUAACCAAAAAUAUUCCCUUCUGGUUUAAACUGGACCCUUGUGAUUUUUUCAUUGAUAUUGGAUUUGGGACUAUCACUCUCCUGAGAACCAAAUUCCUAACAUACGAGUAUGGAACAUCUAAGACACUGACGCUUGGAACUGGAGACCCAGCUCCUGUUAAAGUCACGUACAUGAUUGAUCAAAUGCCAGAGAACAAAGGUUUUAUAGUGGAUGUAAAAGUUUCUAUAUGUUUCCCAUUGGAUGAUCAGAGCAUUUGUAUUCCAAAUGACGAAGGACUUCAUCUAAUGCAGAAUGAAGAGAUUCCAGUUUGUGAUCAAAGAGCCUUAGUCAACUUUAAAAAUUUCUCGCUUACAAAUUGGGUUAAAAACAACACGUUGAGAGCGGGACAACAGUUAGCAGAGGGGGCACUGACUUUAUUGUUGGAACAGCUGAAUAUUACCAAUUUUUUCAAACGUCCUCGAUGUGACCGCCACAGAAAUCCUUACAUUCCAUCGGUACAGGGAAUCCACAAUAAAUGCCCCCGAACCAUAGGCUUUCUUCCCUCUAAGAUUCCGGACCCUAUGUCAUGUUACAUCCCAGACUUCUGCACUGGGGUGGAGUGUUGUGCUGAGAUCCCACUCCUUGGACUAGGACUCCAUGCUUAUGUUUACCUGGACCUGGACAAACUAGAGUUAAGAUAUGGGCUGGAAACAAUGACAGGAACUUUAAAACUGUUUGAUUAUGAAUGGGGAGAUACCAUUAAAAUAGCUGUGGCAGAGGGACUGAUUUACUUCUCGUUCAAUGUUAAGCCAAUCACAGAUGAGCGUGUGUAUGUUUUUAAUGCCCAUGCUGAAGUGUGCCUAGAACCAGACGACUGUUCUAUAAACAUCCCCAUCAUGAAGAACACCAAGCUGCCCACUCUUACAUCAGUCGUUACUGGAAGCAACAAAAACUUUUCUCUGAGUAACAUGCUAAAAGAAAUGGGCAAUGUGACUUUGGAUGGCAUGAAGGAUAGUGCUAAAGCUGUGUUGCUUCAGCAGUUAGGAGUGAGUGAUUACAUGCUGGACACCCCCUGUAGUAUUACCGAUAAUCUUUACACACCCAAUGUCAACGGAUGGAAUAAUGAGUGCCCCCUGACCUGGGUGAAGCCACCGAACAUUCCCUUUGAUAAUGUGAAGUGUGCUCUGACUGAAAACUGUACUCGUAUUGACUGCUGUGUUAGUUUCAAACCGCUCAAUAUGCAUGUCCACAUAUUCCUCCAUUUUGACCGUUGUAACUACAUCAUAUCUGGAGGAAUUGAGAAGAAGACAUUUUCGUACGGACUCUUGGAUUUCACAAACUUUUGGGGAAAAGAAGUUUCCAUCAGCAUUGUUGACAUUAUUUACAUAAAGUUUACAGCUAGUCAGCUUGAGGUGUCAAAGAAGUAUGUGCUAGAUUUGAGUGUAGCAAUUUGUCUAGAACCAGACUCCUGUGCUUUGGAUGUCCCAAUAUUUGACCAAGUUCUUAUUCCUAUUCUGAACUGUGAUCUCACCAUGGACUUCAACUUGAAAGGAUUUUCACUAAAGGAAUACAUGAAGAAUGAACUUGGUAUGACUGCUGAUGGUAGUUUAUCCACAGCUUUGUCUAACUUUGUUUUUGAGAAACUUGGAUUGAAUUCAUUUAUGAAGGAGGUUCCUUGUGAAAGAUCUGAACCUCCAUACAGCAUCAACAAACUCAACUACACUGGAUGGUCCUCUGAAUGUCCUGCCAAUUUGCCACUUUUCAAAAUCCGAGGAACCAGUAAUUGUAACAUUAAAAACACCUGUACAGCAGUCUCUUGUUGCGUGGAGGUGGGAAAAGUGGGGAGGACAUUUGAGUUUGUUAUGGACAUUGACUUCUGUAACCAGAAAUUUACUGUGGGGAUUGAAAAGCUGGUAGAGGAGGUGUCCUUAAAUAUGUUUGACUAUGGAGUAAGAAAGGAAAUUGUCAUCAUGGGUGUGAUAAAAUUAUGGUACACUAUAUGGGACAAUGUAGGGGAAGGUGUCUAUGUGGUGACAGUGGAUCUGGCGAUCUGUUUUGAAGAUGGAGGGGACUGCCUAGUGAAUGUCAAUAUCUUUGAUAAAGUGAAGCUCUCCAAACAAGUGUGUGUUUGGGCCACACAGUUCUUAGAUCCAAACUUCUCCCUGGAAGAUUAUAUGAAAAAGCAGGGAAUGAAUGCUGUAGAUCAACUGAAAGGACUGGCAUUGGAUAAACUUAAGGAAGCUCUGGGUCUACCUACUUACCUGAAUGACCCCCCUUGUUCUCUGACAGAUUCAAAGUAUGUCCCAAAUACCAAUGGAAUCAAAAAAGUUUGUUCUAAGAAUUUGGGACAGGUGAAUUCUAACUUACCCACUCUGCCCGGUAACAUGGUGUGUCAGAUAGGAGACUCCUGUACAUCUAUAGAUUGCUGUGUUGGGGCCUCCAUCAUCCAACACAACUUUCAUGUCUAUCUAGACAUUGAUCCUUGUAAUUUCCGCAUCAAAUUUGGAAUCGACAAGCUAGAGUUCAUUAUCUACAUGCAGGAAUUCUCUUUUGGCAUUGAAAAGGACUUUCGCCUUGUGAAUGUUGUCAGAAUUAAAUUUAAGAUCUGGGACCUGUCAGCCGAGAAUCAGUACUUGGUGAACAUGAAAAUUAGUGUGUGCUUUGAGGAGAGCUCUUGUGUUCUGGACUUGGUUAUCUUUAACGAGAAAAGAUUUCCUAAAAAUAUUUGUGAUUUUGCAGCAGCCGCACAAAUUCAGAAUUUCUCCUUUAAGAACUGGAGGGAUGCCCUGCCUGACAACCCAGGGGAAAUACUUGCAACUGCAGCCAGUGACCAGCUGAUGGAAUACUUGAGUAUUGCUGGUUACUUAAAGAAAGACCAAUGUUCUGCUGCUCCCACAGCUUCCACAGUCAAAGGCUGGAAUGAUGCAUGUCCCAAGUCAUCUUGGUACACAAAGCCCGAUUUGUCUGGUUUGCCUGUCCUCUGCUCCAUCUCUUCUAAGUGCACUGAGGUCAGAUGUUGUGUGGAAGUUAAACCCAUCCGUCGAAACUUUGAGGCCUACAUAGAUAUUGAUCCUUGCUACAAGACAAUGGUAAUUGGAAUUGAAGAAUACAAAACUAAGAUCAACCUCCUAACAUAUUCCUUUGGUACAAAGGACAGUUUUUGGCUGCAAGAUGUGGUAAAAAUAGAGUACAGCGUGGUGGAUCUGGAAGGAGAUGCUAAGUAUCUGAUUAACAUGCAGCUACAAGUUUGUAUAGAAAGUGGACAGCCAUGCAUGUUCUCUCAUGACAUUGCCAAAGAUGUCUAUCUUCCCAAGAUUGGAUGCGACUGGUCCCUUGACUUCUCAAGUUUCUCCCUGACCGAUUUCUAUAAGAACAUGUCAGUGACUGCUGGAAAUGUGUUGUCAGCCACCCACUUGUCUCUUCUGAAGGAAGCCCUGGGAAUCACAAACUUUCUCCUACCCCCAGCUAAACAGUGCAAUAGGGACUCAGCUGAUUACAAGCCAGAGACUACAGAUCAGCCGGGCUGGAAAGUGGAUUGCCCUCUGAAUGUUGGAAAUAUGACUCGAUUUGGACAAAAUAUUCCAAUCAACUGUCACAUGAAGAAGCACUGCACAGCUGUUGAAUGUUGUAUAGAUUUCCAGGAUCCUCUGCAGCAGACAUUCCAUUUGUUUCUAGAUUUUAAUCUCUGUCUCCAGACAUUUGAAAUCGGCAUAGAGAAUCUCAUUCAAAAAAGAACACUGUUUUCCUACACAUAUGGCGUUCAGGAUCAUUUCCGUCUUGGCGGUGUGGCACAAAUUGAGUUUAAAGUUGUUGACCUGGAUGAGAACUUGGAGAUGACGGUGAAGUUGAAGUUCUGUUUAGAGGAUAAUCUGUGUGUAUAUGAGCUGGAUUUGUUCGACAAAAAAAUUAUUCCCAAGCCAGGCUGUAACUGGGAUCUGCCUUAUAUAGAUCCAAACUUCUCUCUAAACAACUGGUACAGUACCAUGCAGUUAGCCAUUGGUUCACAGCUCUCCAGACUGAAUGCUGCUAAGCUGCUGGAGGAGUUAGGUGUCGCUCAGUUCCUGAACAGGGAACCUUGUGAGAGAUCCAGUCCAGUCUAUAGCCCCUCUAUAGAUGGCUGGAAAACAGACUGUCAGAUGUCUGUAAACACUACUGCCCUGUCAGGUGAUGUGACCUGUCUAAUUAAGGACACAUGUACCAGUGUUAGCUGUUGUAUGGAUGUAAAUUUCCUACAGAGGGCAUUUGAGGCAUAUGUAACCAUAGACCCUUGUAACAACUAUCUUGAAGUUGGCAUUGAAAAGUUAAAUUUUAACGUCAGCUUGAAGGACUUCACUUUUGGAAGCACAGGAAAGUUUUAUUUAAAUGGCAUUGUUCGCAUUGAUUACACAAUUGAGGACUUGGAAGUGGAAAGACAGUUCAGGGUGUCUCUGGUUUUGAAAGUCUGUUUUGAAGCCACAGAUGAUAGUCAGUGUAUUCUAAGUUUGGAUGUACUAAAUGGAACUUUGCUACCCAAGUCUAUUUGUGACUGGGCUGCAGGAUUUUCAACACCAAACUUUGAUAUUAACCAGUGGUACACAGCUGAAAACAUCAAUCCUAACACAGUACUAAGCCUUAUAGACAGGAGGAAACUACUGAACAAACUUGGAAUCGGUUCUUAUCUCAGUGUCAACCCUUGCUCAUUUACAUCUGAAAUGUUCAGUCCAGCCAAUAGCAAAGGAUGGAAAAAUGAUUGUAAAAAGGACCUGUCAGCAGAUGUUCCAGCCCUCCCUGCCUUUGCCCGUUGUAACAUAGCCUCCUACUGUACAGGAGUCACUUGCUGCCUGGCUGAAAACACUGUCCUGGGUACACACUUCACUGCAGGAGUCCAUCUGGACGACUGUAAUCAUGUCCUGACAAUUUAUGUAGAACAACUUACUGUUAAAGUCAGUCUUAAUGGAUACAGUUUUGGUGUCACUGAGAAGCGCUAUUUGAUGAGUGUUGUACAGUUUGAAUUCACCAUUGUUGAUGUUCCUGGAGAGAAGAGCUACAAAAUUUCUCUAAGUAUUGCCAUCUGUUAUGGUGUGGGACCAUGUGUUCUGGACAAAACCAAUCUACUCACAGAUUACAAGCUUCCAAAAUCUCUUUGUGAAUGGGGAUCUGGAUUCAAUAUUCCAAAUUUCUCUGGAGUGUCCUGGAUGACAGCUAAGAACCUGGCCGUGUCUGCAGCAUUAUCUGUGGCUGACUCUGACUCUCUGUUGUCUUUGCUGGGAAUGGACCAAUAUCUGUAUAAUGCACCAGACCAGUGUGUGAGAACAUCAGCUCCUUACACUCCCAGCAUAAAUGGAUGGAAAAAUGACUGUCCUAAUGCCUCCGUUCCAGUGGCCUUGCCAGACAAGGUGUCCUGUCUAAUCCCCAGCAUAUGUACAGGAAUAGACUGCUGUGCCGAGGUGGAUUUCCUGGCCGGGCGAACCAUCAGGGCACAGGUGCUACUGGAUCCUUGUCAGGCCAUAAUGAGUUUGAACCUUGAGAAGAUGCAGUACAACAUCACACUGUUUGAUUAUGAUUAUGGAACUACAGACCAUUUCUCACUUCAAGGAGCAUUUAGAUUAGACUUUAACCUACAGAACUUGAAGAUACAGAGGAAGUACCUUCUGAAUUUGAACCUGAGCUUGUGCCUGGAGGCAGCUAAUCCUAAUGACUGUGUUUUCUCUGCCCCUAUAUUUGAGAAUGCCAUCCUUCCAAAGAACCCAUGCAAUAUUGACCUGAAUUAUAUAAAUCCAAGUUUUGAUUUGUCAGCAUGGAAAACAGCUAACAGUUUUGGAGCUUUACUGACAAGAGAGCAGAGCAUGUUGUUAUUGAGAGAGCUGGGUAUUGAGGAGUAUGUAGGAGUAGGCUGUUCUAGGACUGCCACUCCUUACAGCCCUGAAACACACCCAGGCUGGAAUGUCUCCUCAGGCUGUUCCCUGACUCCCCCUAGCCUGCCUAGCAGUAAGAUCAGCUGUUACGUUGGCACUACCUGUACCAGUGUGUCCUGCUGUGUAGAAGAUGACCUCACUAAGCUGUCCUAUCAGAUGUCCCUGGACAUUGACACGUGUGCAGAGAAAAUGAUCAUUAAGCUGGAGAAGAUGUCCUACACUGUGUCUCUGUUUGAUUAUCAGAUGGGAACCAAAGGCACCGCUAAACUGUUUGGUGUUCUGGUUGUGGAGUAUGUGAUAGAUGACUUGACCCUGACUGGUCAGUUUGUGGUGGACCUUAAGAUGAAGCUGUGCUACAGCAGUGGUGCUGGAUGUGAACUUGACAUCACUGUACUGCAAGGAUUUAAGCUCCCCAAACCUCAGUGUAACUUUGCUGGAGGAAUGUUUGCGAUUAAAGACUUUUCACUGAGUAAAUGGCUAACUGACAAGAAAGCAGAAAUACAAGGAGCCAGUCUGGAACAGUGGGCCAUUGAUCUCCUGAAAUCUGAACUUAAAAUCUCGAACUUCCUCCUCGAUCCUGCCUGUAGUAGAAACAGUCUGGGUGCUGGAGAUGGAAACUGGAAUCUGGCUGCCUGCCCCAAUGCUCCCAGCAUUCCUGCACUUCCAAGUCACACAUCCUGUUCACUCACUUCCUACUGCUCUGGAGUUACCUGUUGUACUGAUGUGGCUCUGUUGAAAACCUCCGUUCAGUCCGAAGUUAAAAUUGAUCGCUGUAAAGGCAAAGUCUUCAUCAAACUGGAGAAGUUGGAGGCUACCAUUAUUCUGACCAAGUUUGAAUUCUCCACAUGGCAGAAGUAUACACUGCAGAAUGUUUUCAGAUUGGAGUAUAAGAUUGACUUCCUAUCUGCUGAGGGUGUGUUUCUGUUCAACAUGAAGAUCAGUGCCUGUUUUGAGAGCUCUGGAGAUUGUAGACUUAGCUUCCCAGUAAUGACUGAUGUCAAAGUGCCUUUUCUUGACUGCGAUUUCAAAACUCUGCCAUAUGCUAUACCAGGCUUCACCUUUAGUAAUUUCCUGACAAGUAAAGGUCUGCCACCCUCAACAUCAGUUCUUACAAGCUUGAUAGCGGAACAGCUUCUUGAAGAGUUGGGAAUAGGAGGAUUUUUUAAGGCUACUUCUUGUAACAGAGCCAGUUAUACAGCAGCUCUGGCAUCAGGCUUUGAAAUAGAUUCUGGAUGCAGAGAGAAUAUCUCUCCCUUCCUCUCAGCUCUGCCUGGUAAUACAAACUGUAGGAUCUCCUCCUCCUGUACUGGGAUCAGCUGCUGUACUGAUGUCUCCACCAUUGGGAGGACACUGCAGUACAACAUUGAUAUUGAUGCCUGUUCACACACUCUCAUCCUGGCUAUAGAGGAUUUCAGCUUCAAUAUAUCACUUAUUGACUUCAAGUUUGGCAUUGAACAGAAGUUUACAAUUGAUCAAGUUUUCUCACUGGAGUACAAAAUAACAGAUUUGAGUGGACACAGACAAUUCCUGAUUGAUGCUAAAUUAAGUGUGUGCUUCAAUGAUCCUUCACCAUGUGUUAUACAAGGCACUCUUCUCAGUAACUACCUGGUCACAAAACCAUCAUGUGCCUGGUACACAGGAUUUUGGAAAUCAGAUUUCUCACUGUCCUCAUAUCUUUCUACCAAUAACUUGCCAAGUGUUGGGCAGCUGAGUUCCAGUCAUGUCUCUAAACUAUUGGAGAUUCUUGGAAUUUCAAAAUACAUGAAGCAACCUUCUUGUGAAAAAGAUUCUGGAAUAUAUGAAGAUGCUUAUCAAGGGUGGAAGUCAGAAUGUUUGAGGGACAGCUCUGUCAGCAAACCUGUGAUUGAUGAUAACCUGGCUACCUGUAUCCUGCAGGAGAUGUGCACAGGUGUGCAGUGCUGUGUCAGUGUGCCCAGGUUUGGGCUUUCAGUGGAGACCUUUAUACAGAUCAGUGCCUGUGAACACCAGCUGAGAGUGGGAAUUGACAACCUGAAAUUCAACAGAAGUCUGUAUGGAUACACAUUUGGGAACAGAGAGCAGUUUGACUUGUAUGGUUUCGUGGUCAUUGACUUCAUCAUAACAGAUCUGAAGUUUGAGGGUACUAAUGGACACUACUUGGUCAAUCUUAACAUCAGUCUUUGUUAUGAAGCAGGACAGCCUUGUGAAGUAGUGAUUCCAGUGUUUGAAAAUUCAGCUCUUCCUAAAGAAAUUUGCAACAGAAAACAAGAUUUUCUAGACCCAACUUUCUCCCUGGCUAAUUGGAAAACAAGGCUUGGACUGUCAGGCCCCACACUGGAGAUCCAUUACAUCAGGCAGCUUCUACAGGACCUGGGAGUCGCCACAUAUCUGAAAAAUUCCACCAGCAAAUGUGACUGGUCAAAAUCUCCUUAUAACAGUGCUGAUAGCAAUGGAUGGACAGACAAUUGUACCACACCUACUGGAGGACUUGCUUCCCUUGGUGCUAAAACAAAGUGUGCCAUCUCGGACUCCUGUUCUGAUGUACAUUGUUGUGUACAGUCUGACACAAUACAAGACACACUGGAGGCCUACAUUAAUGUGGAUUCCUGCAAUGGGAAGAUAGCUGUGGGUAUUGAGAAAUUCCACUGGACUGACAGACUACUUGGCUAUGAAUUUGGAAAAGUCAGACAUUUAUCAAUGCUGGGUGUUGUAAAUCUCGAUUACUCCAUAGUGGAUCUGGAUGCAGAGAAUGUGUUUGCGGUCAGCAUGAACCUGAGUGUCUGUUAUGAGUCGGCUGGACCCUGUGAACUCAGCAUCCCAAUAUUCAAUGAACACAGACUCCAUAAACCAACAUGUAACUGGACUAGAGGAUUUGCUGUCAAUAACUUCUCUAAAGAAAAGUGGUUGGGAUCACGUGGAUACACUGUAAAUGACACACUGCCCUCUUAUGUCAUUUCGGAGUUGUUACAUGACCUUGACAUUAUCCAGUAUUUGGGAGAUUCCAGCUGUAACAGGAAAUCAAUUCCUUUCUAUCCCAACAGAAAUGGAUGGAAUACUGGCUGUGACAGACCAGUAAGCUUGGCUCCCAUUGGUUCCGACACCACCUGUCACCUGUUCAGUUUCUGUACAGGAGUACGGUGCUGCUCAGAUCUACCCCAGCUUCAGAGAUCCUUCAACACCUGGUUACUCAUAGACCACUGUAACUACAAACUCAGCAUCGGCAUUGAGAGAUUCGCUGUCAAUGCUAGUCUUCAUGACUUCAAAUUUGGGAGGAAGGAAAUGAUUAAUCUUAAUGGAGUUGUUAGACUACAGUAUGAAAUCAAUGACCUACCAACUGAGAGGAAGUUUUUGGUGAAUCUGAAUCUACAAAUCUGUUUUGAGUCCAACAAACCAUGCUCAAUAGACAUUCCAAUAUUUACCAACACAAAAUUACCCAAAAAGCCAUGUGAUUGGACCACAGACUUCAUUGAUGAUGCAUUUUCGUUCAACUCCUGGAAGGCUACCCGAGGAAUUACAACAGCUGGUCUCUCCGCGAAUCAGCAAACAGAAUUAAUGGAGGACCUUGGACUUUCACAGUUUGUGAAUGAAGAUAUUCAGAAAUGUAGCAGUAGCAAUGCACCAUUUAAUGGAGCUGUCAACAACUGGAAAAAUGAAUGUCCUCAGUCCCUCAAGUCCGCCCUGCCUUCUCUGUCUGGUCAGCCUAUCACCUGUCAUAUUGACUCCUCCUGUGGUGGUCUCCAGUGCUGUAUAGAUGUGGCUUCCCUCAGCACCACCUUCAUCACCAGACUGGAGGUGGACCCCUGUAACUAUAAGAUGACUGUGGGCAUUGAGAAACUGACCUUCUCUAAGGACCUUUUCACUUAUGAUUGGGGUCAGGAGGAACAAAUGUGGAUAUUUGGUGUAGUGCGAAUGAAGUUUAAAACGGUGGACCUAUACACAGAGGGAUACUUUCUGAUUGACCUGAAAUUGGAGGUGUGUCUAGAAGCCAGCCAGAUCUCACCCUGUGGAUUAUCAGUAGAAAUACUGAAGAACUUUUACUUGCCAAAGAAAACUUGUGUAUGGGAUGCACCCUUCAUCACCCCAGGUUUUAAUUUAACAUCCUGGUUGGCUACAGAGGGAGUUUCUAACACAGUGCCUCUGGAGAGUGGGGCUGUGGACAAUCUACUGUCAGAUCUCAACAUAGCAGGCUUCCAACUGUUUCCAGCCUGCUCCCACACAGACAGUACUUACCAAACAGCUGCCACAGACUGGGGAAAAUAUUGCCCAGAAGAGGUCCAGACUACACUAGCUUCCCUGUCAGACAAGGCUCUGUGUGCUGUCUCUACCUCCUGUACUGGCAUCAGGUGCUGUGUCGCCAUACCACUUCUCAACAAGACGUUCGAAGUCAGUCUGGAUAUUGAUGAAUCCUACAACAAAAUGGAAGUUAGUGUGGAGAAGAUUCAAAGAAGACAGUCCCUUGUUGGAUACACAUUCAAUACCCAGGAAACGUUAAGUGUUCACGGAGUCUUCAAACUUGUAUACAAGGUGAAUGACCUGGUGGAUGGCAAUAUGUUUGAUGUGUCCAUGACAGCCCAGGCCUGUUUUGUGGAUGGAGGGGACUGUGAACUGAAUCUUCCCAUUCUCACCAAUGCUCUGAUUCCCAAGUCUGGAAGACAAUGGAAUGAUCCAUAUACUACCAAAGAUUCCCUGAGCCAGUGGUUGAGUGAGAGAUCUAUAGCAGCAGGUACUGUACUACCUGACUACAGAGUCAGUGACUUAUUUGAGACCUUCUACUUGAAGCCAUACCUCAAGUCACCUACCUGUAACAGAGCAGGUGCUCCAUAUUCUGGUGCUGACCCUAAUGGAUGGAAAAAUGAUUGUGCAGCAGUGAGUAUCCUGUCCUCCAUGAGCUCGGAUCCUUUGACCUGUAACUUAGACAGCAGCUGUAACAAGGUGUCCUGUUGUGUGGAUUCAACAUUUACCUCCAGAACAUUUGAAGCAGUAGUGGACAUAGACCCUUGUACAAGAAUGUUAACACUGGAAAUUGAAGGCCUAAAAGCAACCAUCCCAUGGUCUGAAAUCAAAUGGGGUACACUCAGUCAGUUCUAUCUGUACCGUGUUGUUAGAAUUGACUAUGUCAUCCAUGACCUGUAUGCAGAAGAUUUCUUCCUGGUUGAUAUGAAAUUGUCCAUGUGUUGGGAGCUGUAUGGAGAUUGUGCCUUUGUGUCCACUGUUUUCCAAAAUGCAUUCCUUCCAAAGAGAUCUUGUCCUGGCAACAUGGGGUUCAAGACAGGAGCAUUCUCCCUUAGCACUUAUGCCACCACCAAUGGCCUUGACCAGAACAAUCUCCAGGGAAAUGACCUGGCCUACCUGUAUAAUUACCUUGGAAUUUCUAGUUACCUGGACAGCACCUCUUGUAACAGAACUGAUAGCAAGUACACACCUAGCACUGAUGGAUGGAAAAGUGAUUGUUCUGCCAACUUAUCCUCUGUGCUGCCAGCACUAGGUUCUGAAACAAAUUGUGUGAUGGAUUCCUCGUGUACCAGUGUAGACUGCUGUAUGGAGAUUGGCAAGCUGUCAUCCCGCCCAGUGAACUUUCACCUCUCUCUGGAUGACUGUGAUUGGAAGAUCAGUUAUGGAAUUGACAGUUUUGUUAUCAAGCCCACUGUUCUUUAUAACUUUACAUUUGAUCAGUGGAAUGAAUUCUGGAUGAGAGGAGUUUUCAGAAUGAAGUUCAAGGUUACAGAUCUUAGUGGACUGAACAAGUUUAGAGUCAGCUUGGUCUUAAGUGUAUGCUUUGAAAGUGCAAGUGCUUGUGAAGUAAAUCAAGUGGUGCUUGACAAUGCUGUAUUACCUAAACCCCAGUGUGAUCUCAAUAUAGGAAAUCAAGUGAAAGAUUUCGUGCUUAAUAACUGGAAGAGUGAAAAGGGUGUAACCAGCAUGGAUGAACCUAGUAUUGCCAGACUGGAGGAGGAAUUAGGAAUGUUUGGUUACCUGCACAAAACAGGAGAUGUUUGUAAUAAAACUGCAGGAAUAUUUGCAUCACCAGCAACUGGAUGGACCAAUGAUUGUCCCAGUGUUUUGCCGAUUUCUCUACCCGUGGUCAGUGGUCCCUUGACCUGUAACUUGGGGUCAUCCUGCUCAAAGCUGACCUGUUGUGUUUAUACAGAGGCCCUGUCCAAACAUAUAACAACCUUCCUGGACCUUGACUUCUGUAACGACAAACUGACUGUAGGCAUAGACAGGUUCUCCCGUGAAAUGAAACUGAGCACUUACCAGCCCUGGGGUCAGCAACAAACAUUGGACUUCAGUGGGAUCUUUCAAACCAAUUUUACCCUGGAGGAUUUGCCUAACUCCAACAUGUAUUUGGUGACCUAUACAAUUGGUGUCUGUUGGGAGGGAUCCAGCAGCUGUGAGGGAUAUGCCAUCUUAACCAAUAUACUCCUCCCCAAGUUCACCUCACCCUGUAACUGGAAGGGAGAAUUUGUGGAUUCUGCAUUCACCCUAUCUGGCUGGCAGGCAGCAAACAGCUACGUGGACACCACUCCGCUAACAGAUUUGGUAUUACAGGAUCUGAUGAAGUACCUACAGAUGUCCUCCUACAAGGAUGAUGACUGUGUGAUGACUGACCCUCCAUAUACACCAAACAAUGGCAAUGGCUGGAACACCACGUGCACAUACAACACUAGUCUCCCUACACUGCCCAGUACUAUGUCCUGUCACUUACGCGAUAGCUGUGCUGGACUGGACUGUUGUGUGUCCAGCCCUAAACUGAACAGGAAAUUUAGAGCUACACUUGACAUUGAUCCAUGUACAUCAAAGGUCUCUGUUGGAAUUGACAAGUGGAAAUUUUCUGAAAUCUCACUGGACACCAUCUCACAGUUGAAUACAGAAAUGUCAAAAAGUGUAUGGCUCCAAGGAGUAGUAAGAAUGGAUUUCACCAUUGAAAAUCUGUGGAGUGCAAACAAAUUUCUGGUCAACUUAAAAAUGAGCAUAUGCUUAUCUACCUCUGGGCCUUGUGAAAUUGAUAGUGUACCAGUUUUUGAAAACACACUUCUUGAAAAGAAACAAUGCAGUUUCCCCUCACAACUCCCAGCAGGAUUUUCACUCUCAUCCUGGAAAACAAACCAAGGUUUCGGUGCAGCUGACCGCCUUCCUACACACACAGCUGCCAAAGUGCAGGAUUUCCUGAAUAUUCCUCAGUAUAAACUGAGUUCUUCCUGCAGUAGAAGCCUGGCUCCUUAUUCUCCUACCUACAUUGGAUGGGUGGAAUUGAACAGCGCUUGUCAAGUCCUUGGACUUCCUUACAACCUUGGCCUGUUGACAUACUGUGUUGUGGAAUCUAGCUGUACAAAGAUUAAAUGCUGCACAGAUGACUCAGAAUUCCAGUCCACCAUUACUUGGUUCAUUGACAUUGAUUCUUGCAAUCACAGGCUAGAAGUGGGCAUUGAGGCUUUGAAAUCUGAAGUGUCCCUUCUAAAUUACAAGUUUGGGGAACAAGAUUCAUUUAGUCUUGGAGGAGUAUAUCAACUAAGCUAUGUGAUCCAUGACUUGAGCAGCGAGUCCCACUACCUUAUGAGUGUCAAUGUCAGCAUCUGUUAUGAACCAAACAAUUGCUCUCUCUCUGAGGUCAUUGUGCAGGACGUUAUGUUCCCUAAAACAGUCUGUAACUUCAAAAGCACAGACUUCAAGCUUCCAGGCUUUGAAUUGUCAACCUGGAGCACAAACCGCAGUUUUACCCCGGGGACAGUUCUACCCGAGCAUGGAGUGAUGAGACUAUUAAAGGACCUGGGGCUGGCUAUGUAUAUGAAGGAUACCACCUGUAGUCCUUCUGACAAUCUCUAUGUCAAUAGCACUGGCGGCUGGGAUACAGAUUGCACCCUUCCAAUAGCAACCAGUUCUCUGCCCUCAGGCAUUGUGUGUCACAUUCCGUCCUCCUGUACCACAGUUCAGUGCUGUCUGAAUGCCACCACACCACUUGGGCGGUCAUUUACCUCUGUUCUAGAUCUGGACCCCUGUAGCCACCAACUCACACUGGGAAUUGAAAACUUUGUGUAUAAGAUAUCAUUGUAUGACUUUGAAUUUGCAAAGGAACAUUUCUUUUAUUUGAACAAUGUGGUCCGAAUGAAGUAUGCAGUGUAUGACUUGAAGACAGAUAGGAAGUACCUUGUAGACCUAAGUAUUGCCCUCUGCUUCAGUACAGCGGGAGCUUGUGAGCUUGACACUGUUGUCUUACAGCAUGUAGCACUGCCAAAGAGAGUUUGUCAAUUGUAUGCUGGAUAUACUGAAACCAAUUUCUCCUUGUCUGCAUGGAAGACAAAUAUGAGUGUGACCUCUGACCCAAUGACCCCUGCUGAGGUUGCCCUUCUACAGGAGGAUCUUGGGAUAGCUGAGUACCUGUCCUCCUCCAGCUGCUCCAGGCAGUCCGGAAACUAUUUACCACACAGCUUCUACUGGAGUGAUGCUUGUGGAAGGGUGUCUGGAAUGACCCAGUUUACAGCAGCAGACAAUAUUAACUGUUACCUGGCCUCCAGCUGUACAGAGUUCACCUGUUGUAUGGACGACCUUGUUCUUCAGAGGACAGUGGAUGUCAGGGUAAACCUGGACAACUGUAACUUCAACCUCAAAGUGCAGAUCGAAAGACGAUCAGUGGACAUCUCUCUCAUUGACUAUAAUUGGGGUAAAGUGGAAAGGAUGGAUCUGUUUGGAAUUUAUGUCAUCAGUUUUGUUGUGGAGAACUUGUACCGAGAGGGAGCCUAUCUCCUGAGUGCUAACAUAAGUCAGUGUUACGAGGCCAGUCAGGAAUGUUCUGUCAGCCACGUCCUCUUAACCAAUUCACUCCUACCUAAAUCUGUCUGCGACUGGUCUACAAACUACCGUAUAGCCAACUUUUCCCUUCUUACUUGGAAAAUGGAGAGAAGUUUGGGAUCUGGGGAUAUCCCAGCUGUUUACUUACUACAGCUUUUGGAGGAGACUGGACUAUCUGGGUACCUCAGAGAGCCAACCUGUAACAAGACAAUGGGGAUCUAUACGGGGGCAACAGAUGGCUGGACAAGAGCCUGCAGUGCCAAUGUCACCUUGCCAUCCUUGAACUCUGACCUGAGCUGUCACUUAGAGGACUCUUGCACUGGUCUACAGUGUUGUGUUUAUGCCUCUCAGUUGCAGAGAAGUUUUGAGGUCUUCUUUAACAUUGAUCACUGUACAAGUAGCCUAGGCAUUCAGAUAGAAAAGAUUUUCUACAACCGCACACUUGUGGGAUUCCCAUGGGGAACUGAACAAGAAUUCAGGCUUCAAGGAAUAUACAGAGUGAAGUACACCAUAGAUGAUUUGCCCUAUGACAGAGCAUACCUUGUGUCCAUGCAGAUAAUGGACUGUUAUCAAACAACCGAUCCACAGUGCUUAUCUGUAGAUACAUUUACUGUGCUGGACAAAAGCAUAAUACCAAAAGCCUUAUGCAGCUGGGAUCAGAGCUUCAUUACAACUAACUUCUCAUUGACUGAUUGGUUGGCUGAGAACAGUCUAAGUGACACUACAGCCCUGUCUAACCAGGCUCACAAGUUAUCUCAGCUGCUGGAUGAGAUGUCCGUGUCUCAGUACCUACAGACUACCAUGUGUACCCCUACAUCAGCCUCAGCUGUCAAUGGCUGGACGCAGUCUAUUGAUUGUCUAAAGACUGUGUCAAAACCAAGUAUUACCCAGAGUUUAUGUAACCUGAAGGCGGAUUGUACGUCAUCCGAGUGUUGUACUGAGAUUGACUUCCUCAAACGAUCCUUUAACACCUAUUUAGACAUUGAUCCAUGUAACUUUAUCAUGAAAGUCAGCAUUGAGAAAUUCAGCAGAGAGAUAUCUCUCAGAGAAUAUAAGUGGGGAAAACGUGAUCAUCAUUGGUUAGCAGGUGUUGUGAGAAUGGAUUUCACCAUAGAAGACUUGUAUGGAUCUCGACAGUUCCUUGUAAACCUAGAUGUAAACUUUUGUUUUGAAUCAUUUGGUGAUUGCUACAAGAAUGUCACUGUUUUCAAAGACACCAUCUUGCCCAAGAAGCUCUGUCCAUUUACUGACAAUCCAGGCUUUUCACUGACUGCUUGGAAAGACAGCAAGGGUAUAGCUGCAGCAGACCCACUUCCUUCCUGGGCUCAAGUUCUGUUAUUAGAAGAGCUGGAUGUCGCUCAGUAUAUGGACUCGGCACAGUGUAAAAGGGGGAGUGGACUGUACUCAAACACGGAUAAGAAUGGAGUAGACACUGGAUUCAACCAGAAUCCUUCCUUGUCACCACAGUUAUGCCAGCUUGGUGUGAACCUGGCAGAUAAUGCCCUUGAGUCCAGCACAGCUAGCCUGAUGACCUGCUACCUGCCUACUUUGUGUACAGCAGUUCACUGUUGUGUAGAUGUUCCAGCUAUCAAUACAUCAUUUAAUGCUCAGGUUGAAAUUGACCCCUGCAAAUACAUGUUACGGAUUGGAAUAGAAAAGUUCAGUUUCAACAAGUCUCUUGAUCAGUACACAUUUGGAAAUGAUGAAAUGUUUUACUUGGCUGGGAUACUCAGGUUGAUGUAUAAUAUCCGAGACUUGCCCAAUGAGAAAUUGUUUGUGGUGACAGUGAAAUUAAGUAUCUGUACUGAGAGCUCUGGUUGUGAAGCUAACCACACAAUAUUUGAAAACAUGAUGCUACCCAAACAGCCUUGUUCUUGGAAUGAGGGCUUUGUCAAUUCUAACUUCUCUUCCUCUGUUUGGUUGGCCAAUAAUAACUACGCCUUCCCCCUGGUGGAGUACCAGUCAGCAGAGCUGAUGAAUGAGAUGAAGGCCGCUCGAUACCUCCUGGAGGACUCCUGUGAUUUAACAGCCACUUCUGGAAUUUAUGCCAGCCCUACCAAUGGGUGGACCAAGUUGUGUCCUUCCAACGUGAUUCUGAGUAAUUUGACCUCUGAGCCCAUGGUCUGUCACCUGGACUAUGCCUGUACUGGAGUGGACUGCUGUGUACGGGUGGACAUGGUCAGUAGGACCUUCAGGACCAGUGUCAAACUGGACCCCUGCUCACAUAUAAUGACCGUAACACUGGAGAGGAUUUCUAUCAAAGUGGACCUGCUGAAUUAUAAUUUUGGAAGCACAUCAGAAUACAGCUUGGUUGGCAUGCUGAGAAUGAAUUUGAACAUCAAAGACUUGACUACAAAGAAUUUGUAUGCUGUGGAUCUUGAUAUCAGUGUGUGCUUUGAGAGCAAUGGAACUUGUGUCAUUGUGGCCUCUGUUCUCAGUAAUGCUCACCUGCCUAAACCAACAUGUGAUUGGAGCACAAAUCUUCAAGGCUUCUCGCUGAGUAAUUGGCUGGAGAUGACAAUGAAAGUAAAUGGAAGCACAAGUCCUCUCCCAUCCUAUCUCCAGAACCUGUUCCUAGAGGAGCGAGGUAUAGCUAACAUGAUGAAGGAUACACCAUGUAAUCAAGCCUCAGAUCUAAUCUACACAGGCACAAAAGUUGAUGGAUGGAUAUCAUCUUGCGCCUCAGGGCCUAACUUGCCUGUACUACCUGCUGGCAUCACCUGCUAUAACCCCUCUUCCUGCUCUGCAGCCACGUGCUGUAUGGAAAUCUCUAAACUCAAUAAACGGCCCAUAGAAGUGUCAGUAGACUUCCAUGAGUGCGCCAACUAUCUGGAUCUCUCUAUAGAACGAAUACCUGUAUCAGUAUACCUACAUACCUUUGACUAUGGGAGGGAACAUAGAAUGUCAUUGAAAGGUGUUUUUGAAGUAGUGUACACCAUCACAAGAAACGUUGUGGAGAGGAAGUACUACUUUGACUUGUCUGUAUCAGCCUGCUAUGAAGCUUCAGGAUGUGAUGAAACUUUUGUCAUCUUCAACCAGACUUCAUUUGAUAUCACACAAUGCACAUACAAUGAUGGUUUCUUAAACACCUCAUUUUCCUUGGCUAGUUGGAUGUCAGAGAGAUCUAUAGCUGGAGAAGAAAACAUAACAGCUGUCCAGUCCAAUGAGCUGAUGGUGGAGCUGGGUCUGGAUCAUUUCUUAUCUAAUCCAGACAGGUGCUCUCUGGAGGAUUCCAUAUUUGGAGCAGCCAAUGACUAUGGCUGGAACAAUGAAUGCACUAGCUUCCCUAAUGAUACAGUGACCAAUAUAACGGACACAGAUAAAGUGAGAUGUCACAUCCCCUCCAGCUGUGAUAGGGUGCACUGCUGUGUGUACAUCCCGCAGGUCAGACAUCACGCCAAACUGGAACUCAACAUGGACACCUGUAACUAUCAGAUGGAGGGAGCCAUUGAUAAUCUUAGAAAUACUUACGGUCUCUUUGAAUAUGCAUGGUCCCAAAAUGAGCAAAUAUCUCUCCAUGGAGUGAUACGAUGGGGGUACCACGUGACUCAUCAAAGUUCAAAGAAGAAGUUCACCGUGGAUGGGACAAUAAAACUGUGUUUUGAACAGUCUUCAUGCAGUCUGGAUAUUAAUGUGUUCCAGAAUUUAGCAUUAGGAUAUCAGACUUGUGCUCCUAAUGACACUGUACCAUUUACAGGUGUAAGCUUUGACUUUUGGAGACAGACACAGUGCACCCCAUUUACUUUUAACACUGGUGCUUGUCCAAAUAUUAGAGAAGUCAAUUCAGCAGUGGCUCUUUCAAAGUGUCACUAUCUUCAUGACUGCAGUGGGUUGGAAUGCUGUAUUGACAGUGCCUACACACUUGGAAAUCGCUCCAUCUACUUCAAGAUCAGAAUAGAUUGUAAUUUUCUUGAGUACCAAAUUGAAUCAAAAUCUGUCACAAAAUCUUUGACAGCCCUCACUGAUGGAACAUUAUACACAGAAGACAUUGGAACGGGACCAUCCUUCCAGCUGAAUUAUCAGAAGACAAAAACUGGUGUAGAGUAUGGCCUUGGAGCCACUCUUGUCUUUAAUGCUGUGACAUCAGAUCCAUCAGAAACAGUCACACAUGAUAUAUUGAAUGCUACAACUGUAAGGAUUAAUCCUCCUUCUUGUACUGGGAAAAAGCGUAGAAGAAAGAGAAACGCCCAGACGACUGAUCAGCUUGAUCCAAAAGAUUUUUCAGCAGGACUAAGAAUUCUUAUGAAGAAUGGGGCUUCUUCAGAAGAGAUAGAAGCUUUCAAACAAAAGUGUGAGGAAGCUGAUAAAGCAGAAAAAGAGCAGAACUUGCAGGGAGCACCUGUUGCGGAGGACGAUUUCAGUACGAGUAUUAAGUCUGGAAUCGAGGCUCUAGGAGCAGGAAACCCCAUGACAAUACAGACAGGGGGACCCUUACCAGGGACUGUCACAGUACAAGGAGGUGAUGCUAUAACUGGGAUGAUUGGAACUGUGCAAGAAAUUGCUGGGCGAGCUAAGCAGGCCUUCAUUGUGGGUCAAGGGUUAUCACCAGAGGGCGCUAAGCUGUUAGGCAAGAAAUUAGCCUGUAUGACCAUUGGUGACCUAGAGGGCUUAUUGGAGAUGAAGAACAUCGAUCCCUUCAAAGUGGCUGAACUGAUAGGCCAUCUCAAGGAUCUGGCCAAAGCUUUGUACUCUGAAUUCAUAACAAAGGUGUUGAGCGAUGCUGAAAAUAUCUUCAGUAGUUUUGAUCUGGAGCUUAAAGGAGAUUUUAGUUUUCCUAAACAAAAUGUAAACUUCUUCAAAUUCAACAAGAUCUUUUUCGUUGGUGGCUUAAUCACAAUGACAUUUGGAUUUGGAGCUGACGGUUACUAUGGCAUGAAGUUUGUGGUUGGAGCCAAGAUCAUGGAUAUGAAGGGUACAGCUGGUUGUGAGCCCUAUGGUGGGGUGUCUGUCUGGGGAGAGCUUGGCAUCGGCUUAUUACUGUACGGAAAACUUCGUCUGGAGGGAAACAUCAUGGAUAUGGGAUUCCCCACCACUGCUGAAAUCGGAUUCAAGAAGUUCCCUCUGGAUGUUCACCUGACUAUGUACCUGCGUUUGACCCCAAUCAAGUUGACACUAUAUGCCCUGGUGACUCUAGAGGUUGAUUUAGGCUUCACCAGCUUCAAGAAAGUUUUAUUUAAAACCAAACUCUGGCGCUACAAAGCUCCCAGUAUUAUGAAGUUACUUAUAGACAACACAAAGAAAGAGGAAGACAAGUCUCCACCAGAAGUCAAAAGCUUUGGGGGUGACACCAAGGAGGGAGAAUGUGGAGUACUACAGGAGAUUGGCCGUGACCAUACCGAGCCCGAGUUUACUGUGUUCCUGGAAGCUGAGGAUGACAGAAGUAAUGUUAUUCUGACCCUAGACAUUGGUACUAAUCCAGGAGGAAUUGAUGUCAUGACAGGCAAAGAACUCGGAGGCUUCUCAACAACUCUCAAUGAUAUACUUCAGCCAGCUGGUCUCCCCUUAUAUUUCACUGUCCAUGUGGCCAAUGAGGCAGGAAAUAGUAUUAGGGCAUCCUGUAGACUACCAACCUACGACAUGACCAUACCAGGGGGAAGAAUGACAGAAGCUUUCCAAUCCACCAGCAAUGCCAAAGUCCUGAAAGGUACUGUCACCGUGUACGACGACUCUGCUAUUGAGGUGAGCCAGGUAGCAGUAGGGUAUGGAAAGGACAUCUAUGGAGAGCAGAUUAUCAGAUGGACUAAAUCAGACAUACAAGCCAACACCAUUGACUAUAAUGUGGCCCCUGAUCCCCUGCAUCAGAAAGUGUUGACCUUGUUUUCUGAUGGUAAGAUGGCCAGACUGGUGGGAAGGGGAAUCGUGGUUGCCGAGUUCCAGAAAAUCUCCACCCCUGGAGAGUGUGCCACUCUGUGUAACUCGAUGCAUGUCUCUAAGUGUCUCAGCUUUAACUACGACUUUGGAGAGAGUGGGCAUUGUGAACUGUUAGAAGGAAUAGAGGGGCAUGACCACAAAACGUCAUUAGAUGGCCUGUAUAUGCAUUAUGAAAAACUGGGCAUUGGAUCAAACAUGGCUUUUGAGUAUUCCAACCUCCAGAUGCUGCACAACAAGCUGCACUACUUUAACUUCCACGUGACCAAUGUCUUAGGAUAUCAGAACAUCCUGUCCUCUCAGUCUAUCAUCACAGACUUCACCCCUCCCCACUACACAGAAGCACAAAUGAAUGUAUCCAGUGACAUCAAGGAAAUUGUGAGCUGUCCAGAUAUAAUUCCAAAUGACCGCACGGACUGGGAGAGGAUUCACUGCAUUGGGAUGGAUCCCAAGUUUAAGAACCACCGUAUUGUGGUGGAUGGAGAGGGCUCGGAGACGGUGUACAAUGGUCAUGAAUUUAAAACAGAUCUGAGGUACACCAGAGCCAACAGAUAUGUCUCAGCUAACUGGGAUGGGAUCUAUGACCAUGAGACUGGAUUGCUCGGUUACUCUGUAACAGUGGGCACUCAGCUGUGUGAGGAGAAACUGAAGGAUCAUCAUGAUCCCCACGCUCACUUGUUUGACCGCUCCCAGUGGACCAACAGUGUCAUGAUGACCCCCCUGGUGCCUCCCAGACUGCCAGAUGGACCAUACUUUGUGACAGUACGUGCUAUCAACAAAAUAGACUAUGGUGGUCCCUUGGCUCUGUCUAUUUGUCACUCCACGCCAUACAUCAUUGACAACAGUCCUCCAUUUAUCUACGAGAUUUUCAAUAUCAAAUAUGAUGAAGAAAAUUUCAAUUUGAGUUUGAGCCACAAUUCUACAGAUCCUGAGUCCGGUUUGAACAGGAAUGACUUCUGUCUAGGAAGGACAACUAGAGACUGUGAUGAAUUAAUGUGGAGUCCAAUCGACUUCAAUCCAAACAUCACUCUGUUACACAGGAUCACUAAUGGUGUCCCAGUCUGGAUCAAAAUCAAGGCUGUAAAUAAUGUGGAUUUAAGAACCAUUGGAAUAGCAGACUCCCCCAUCAUUGUUGACCAGUCCCCUCCUGUGGCAGGUCAAGUGUUUGAUGGAGAGAUUUCUGGUGAAGACCUGACUUACAUGAAGGAUAACAACAAGAUCUGCAGCAACUGGCAACACUUUUUUGACCCUGAGUCUGGUAUUGCCAUGUACAUGUUAAGUGUAGGAUCUGAGAAGAAUAUUUCUGUAACAGAUGUUGCCAACAGGACCCAGUUCUCUGCCAGAGAGAGCAAAGCCUGCAUAGAACUGCCCCCCUCCAGAUACCUCCAGCAUAACCAGAUCUACUACACUACAAUAUGGGCUUACAACGGAGGCAAUAAACAACUCAAUGUCUCCAUGAUCUCGGAUGGAGUGCUGGUUGACCUGACAGAACCUGAGUCUGGAGAAGUGAUUGAUGGGAAGGAGGCGACCUUUACUGACCUUCAGUUUACAACCAAUCAGGCCAAAGUCGAGCUUCAGUGGAGAGAUUUCCAGGAUCCCGAGUCACUGAUCAAACAAUACGAAGUACAAGUGGAAAGUGCCAAGAACAUGAGUGAGGAUUACAUCGUUGUAAGAAACUGGACAUUAUUCUCCAAUGCCACCAACAGUGUCACAUGGUUGAACUUCCACCAUCAGCAUAGGGACCGUAUCAGAACCAUUCUGAAGACCACUAAUGGAGCCCUACGGUCCAUUUCUAACUCUACUGACAGCUUUGUGGUGGACCUGACGCCACCUCUGUUACUGUAUAUCAGGGAUGGGGCAAGCACCAAGGAUAGGGAUUACCAGUCUGAGCUGGAUAGAUUGACAGUGAGCUUUAGCUAUGUGGACAAGGAGUCUGGUGUUAAUCACUACAAAGUCCAGAUCUAUGAACUGUAUCAGGGAACAAGAACACAGAAAUACCCAGCAACAAAGAAUGAUUGGAAGGAGUUGACAGACAAAACAGCCACUAGCUACACUUGGACAGGCCUGACUCUGAGGGAAGGAGCCCGCUACAGUGUGAGAGUGGCAGCCAUUAAUAAUGCUGGCUAUCUCGCUCCAUUUGAAACCAAUGGUGUCAUCAUUGAUACAUCUCCACCCAUUGUGUUCUGGCUGAGGGUAGGAGUGAUAGGAGGAGCUCCAGAGCAGAAGGUAGAGGGGUAUGUGUGGCAAGCCGACACCAAGGGAAUCAAGGUCUCCUGGCUUAGUGAUGAUCCUCAGUCAGGAAUUGCAGGUUAUAGGGUGGCUGUUGGCACCACACCAGGAGGGACAGAUACUUUGAACUGGAAGGCAGUGGGAGCAGAGAGUAGUCAGUAUAUCACAGGACUGUCCUUAGAGCUGACCAAUCAAACAACCAAAACACCUGUGUAUUAUGUCUCAAUGAAAGCAGAGAAUGGCGCCGGCAUUGUCAGCACCCAAGCCAUUACAUCCACUCCUAUAGUGGUAGUACCAGAAGAUAAAGCAGGUAUUGUUGUUGAUGGAGCUGAAAAUGUUGAUAAAGUGAUAAAUAGUGGUGCUGCAGUAGACAUUACUACAGAUGUGGAUUAUCAGCUGGAUUCCAGCACUGUGUCAGUCCAAUUCUCUGGAUUCGAGUCCUCUCUUCAUGGGGUCAUGCACUUUGAAAUGGCAGUGGGCACAAAUCCAGAUGGAGGAGAGGAGGUUUUGGCUUAUACUGACUUCAACAUUGUUCACAUUGAAGAGUCCAACACUACUGGAAACGGUUUGACAAGUUCAGGAUAUGCCCAGGCCAAUCUCCCACUCAGACCUAACACUACCUACUACUCCACAAUUAGAGGUGUGACAAAUGAUGGGAAUGUAUUACAGACAACCUCUGAUGGAUUUACUGUAGACCAGUCACCCCCCACCAUCACUAUUGACAGACUGACAAGGCAUUCAGCAGCUGACUCGGCAGUUGGAGAGGGCAGCAUGGUUUACGAGUCCACAGAAGAUGCCCUGUCUGCUAUGUGGCAUUACAAUGAGACAGAGUCGGAAAUCGUCAGGGCCUGGUAUGGAGUGGGCACGUAUCCCUAUGCUGAUGACAUUGCCCCACGAAAAGAAGUCCCCAUCUCAACCUCCCUCUCAAGCUUCUUAGCUAAUAAUGAAGUGAAACCAGAUACUUCAGGCAAACCAAAUAUAAUAAGUGUGUGGACUGAGAACUCGGUUGGUCUGGUGAAGAAGGCUAUGACAGGUGCUGUUAUCAUUGAUCAGACCAUUCCUAAAGCUGGACAGGUCACUUGUCCAGACUAUAUACAGACGACAAUUCCAGUAGAAUGCUCUUGGACGGGUUUUGUGGACACAGAGUCCCCUAUCAAGGAGUACCGCAUAAUGAUGGGUAACGCUAAGGGAGAUGACUCUAUAUUCUCUGGAGGAGUAGUGCCAGGACAUAUUCACAAGUUCUCCAUUCAAGGUGCUGGAAGUAAAAUGAGCCAUGGUGCAGAGUACUAUGUAACUGUGACAGCAGUGAACACUGUUGAUAUGACUGUUAAUGCAUUCUCUAACAAGAUUGGAGUAGACACCACCCCACCUAAAACUGGAGUAGUGGUGGACCUAAAUUCUGUCUACAGGAUAGAUGCACAGAGCACAGAUGAAACUGUCAGAAUGAAUUCUCUCAUUUGCAAGACUGUUGAAGAGUGUAAAGCAUUGGAUGCCAUAUGUACCGAGUCCUUGACCUCCUUAUCUGUUACUUGGAUGCCAUUCACUGAUCCGGAGUCCCAAGUUGUUGAAUACCAGAUAGCAGUGGGAACAUCCCCUGGUGGAGGUCAGGUCAAGGCUUUCUACACAAUCCCAGCCAACAGUCAGCACCACACGGUAUCAGGCCUCAAUCUCAAUGGAUACAGACAGCUGUAUGUGUCAGUAAAGGGAGUCAAUGGAGCAGGGCUGACCAGUGUAGCCACAUCAAACGGAGUGUACAUCUCUUAUCUCAGUCAGGGGAAGCAACCUCUGUCACAUGUAGGGGUCAUGGAUAUGGUGGAUGGCGAAACCAUGGACGUAGAUUUCCAGACCGAUCCAUCCACCAUUAGAUCCAGCUGGGAUGUUUCUGGUGACCCUUGUCCUCCUGUGAAAUACGAAUGGGCAAUCAGAAGGCUGGAUGGUUAUGAAAUCUCAAGUUUCUUUAGCACCAAUAUGAGAACAUUUGGACUGAUUGAUGGACUGAAUAUGAAAAAUGGUGAGACCUACGUUAAUUAUGUCAGAGUGACCAACUCCAUUGGUUACAUGUACAUCCUCCGCUCUAAUGGUGUGACCAUCCAGGAGAACCCGCUACUGCCUGGUAAAGUCUACGAUGGAGACAUUGAAGGUUUUGACCUGAAUUUCCUGCCCUCAGUAACUAAAGUGUAUGCCAACUGGAAUGGAUUUGGUCUGCCAGCAGAUGCCAUCAAGCAAAUUGAUGUCAACAGUGGAAAUCCUGGUCUCCAGACUGAUAAUUCAUUGAUAGCUGCCCAGGAUAAGAGUCAGCAGGUGGCCUACUACAUGGUAGCCCUGGGUACUGAUCGUCGCUUCAAUAAGACCAGAGACAACGUUGUUCCCUAUACUUUUGUGGGAGAAAAUACUUCGGUGGUAUUCACAGACCUUGAGUUGACUCCUGGUGUUGCCAUGUACUAUUUCUCAGUGUAUGCAUUCAGUAAAUCCUUUUCCAAGACUCUGGUCACAUCCAAUGGUUUUUAUGUUGGAUUCCAAGGUGGUGUCACUGCUGGUAUCAUCACCCGUCCUGGUAGCUGUGUAGGUAACAAUACGGUACUGGAGGUACAAUGGGAGGGCUUCACAUCCAAACUGGACAUCCUGAUGUAUUAUAUAGCUAUCUCCAACAACACUAACGCAAAUGGAACAAACUGUAAAAAUUAUAUUGAUGGAGGAAAAACCCCAGAUGAUGAAAGAAAGCUAUUAUUUAAUGCUUUGGAUGUCACUAAUCAGGGACAAAAUACCUACACAAAGCUGACCAAUCUCACUCUGGAACAAGGAAAAACAUACUAUGUCUGGGUGAUGGGAACAGACAAGUCUGGUGCCUGUGAAAUGAACUACACAGAGUUUCUAGUGGACAUCACUCAGCCCAACAUGGGUGUUAUCAGAACUGGUCCUUGGUUUGAUAUGGUUGUGUCCUAUACGACUGACAACACCAGUCUCAGUGUGCACUGGGAGAACUUCACAGAUGACGAGUCGGGGAUUUCUAAGUAUGAGGUGUCCCUGUGGCAGAACGACACCUGUGAUGAAAGCAGCACCACCUCUCUCAUCAACGAUUGGUUAACUCUGAGCAGUAACAACUCCUACUACCAGUUUGUCGACCAAUCAUUAAAGAAGCAAAUUCCAUACUACGUGAAGUUGAGAGUGACGAACUGUGCUGGUUUAUCUGUUGUACUGGAAUCAGCCCCUGUGUUGUUUGAUGAGACUGUACCAUUGGCUGGUCUUGUAAAGGAUGGACUAGACUUCACAUCAGAUCUUUUAUGGUUUAAUGAUACAACUAAAGUAGAAGGCACAUUCCUUCAUUUACCCAACCCUGAUCCAAAUAUCCAUCCUUGUCCAAACCAGAGAAUUGCUAUUAAAGGAAGUGGGUGGGGCAAGCUGAACAAGCUAGGCAUGUUAGAUCCUUCAGGGGAAUAUUGGAGGAUCAAGCAGCAGGAUAUUUAUGUCUUCCCUGCUGAAUUUGAAGACAAAGUGGAUGUUAAGCUGGUCAAGACAAAGGAUGCUAGUAAUAAUGACAUCAUGGGAGCUGGCGCCAUCUACAGGAGAGCUGAACUGUUUAAUGGUGGCACUUACAAGCUAAGGAUCCAGGCAGCAGAUCAGGAUGGAGAAGCUGUGACAGAGAUCCUGUUCUGGGAUGGCCCGGAGACUGGGAUCGCCACCUAUAAGUACCAGAUUCCGAAAGAAUUUGAAAACUGUGUUUGUUGCUUUAACAACCCCAUUCCACUGGAAUGUGGUGGCUGCAACUGCACCGCCUAUCUUUUGGACAAGGGGUACUUUCUGAAUGAGACCUUCCCCACGACGACCAGCACCACCCAGUCCCCGGACACUCAGACCUUCCCCCCCUAUGACGUGGUGGACAGUCAGGGCUCCAGUGUCAUAGACAAACCGGACCUAUCUCCACAGUUUGCAAGGGAUUCAUGUGGUGUUCAGAUCUACUCAGCCAAUCCAAAUGCUAAUCUGAGUGCCUUUAUUGUCACUUGGUGUCGGUACAAGUAUGAUGCUAGAAGGAUGGGGGUGUUAGCCACAGAUAUUAACAUUAAUCCUGCUGAGGACUUUCAUGACUAUAAAGUGGACUUUGCCAUUAAGAGUGAAGAUUCAACAUCGGUGAAGUGGUGUUUGAUGGUGUACAUUGACAAUGAAUACAUCAAUGAACUCUGUGAUGUUCCUCAGAUGUCCACUGAUGCUUUCAUGUUCUUCCAUGUCUUCAAACGAAUGAAUCAAAUUCCCAAUCCAAAGAAUAAAUUUGAGGCAUGGGCAGCCUAUGCCUCCCUGGCAGGCCUGGAGAUGCCUCCCCCAAUAGGCACUCUCUGUAGAUCUGGGCCACAGUUCAGGGCAUUUACCAACCCCAUCAUAUUCUAUGAGGCAGCCAUUGGUACCAGCAUUUUAGCUUCAGAUGUCGUUCCAUUCAGGACGGUUGUAGAGCCCUGUGUACCUUGCUUUAGCAAGUGCUCUCGCUUUAACUGUAACUCCAGCUGUAAUUCCACAGUAACUGUACAGAAGACGUUUGUUAUGGACAACUUAAGUCUACAACCCAAGAGAACUGUAUACAACGAGACUGGUCAUGGUGUCGAGGAACUUGUCACCUACUACCUGACAGUGAGGGGAGUGACCGCCUCGGGAGACUCUGCGACGUCGUCCUCCGAUGGCUUCUAUGUGGACAACACCUACCCCGUGUUUGAUCAGGAUAUUAUGAGUGGGGAGUUUUACUAUGACGUAGGACAAGGGAACAGCACUCCAGCAGGAUUCCAGAACUCCAACAACACUAUCAAGUGUAUCUGGAAAUGUGAUGAUGAUGAGAGUGGUAUUGUGGAAUAUAAAUGGGCACUUGGUACCAGUCCAGGAGCAACAGAUGUGAUGAAUUUUACAUCUAACGGACAGCAAAUUGUUGGAGUCAACAACCAAUUAGAGGGAAUUCUCCAGCACGACCAGGCCUACUAUGCUACCAUUACUUGUGAAAAUGGAGCGGGCUUGGUUUCUACAUAUACUGACACUAAGGGAGUGACCGUGAAAUUGAUACCACCAGAAAUCGAGACUGUCAACACUACAAUACCAGGAACAGCUAAAUUUACAGAGAAAGUGUUCCCUGAGGAGUCCCUGACUCAGGAAGACCCUACCAGUGUGGGAUUUACCUUCACAAAGUCCGACGAUCCAUCAGUUGACAGAUAUGAUUUAUGUGUUGGAUCAAAGAAUCUAUCACAGGACAUUAUUCCCUGUACUUGGGUUGGCUACAAUAUAUCGGGUUCAGCAGAAAUAAAAAAUGGUGCAUUAUGGGUAAACGGAAUGGAAAUAAGAAAACUUUCAGAGCUUCGGCCACAACAGGACUACUCCAAUGGAACUAACACCAAUACACAAGACAUCUUUAGAAUGCCUGUUGGAAAGCAAAUGUUUAUAACUAUGAGACUCUGCAAUAAGGCUAUGUUGUGUACAAACAGAAGUCUGGCAGUGGUUGUUAUCAAGAACAGUAAUUCUAAAGUGGGCGUGUCUGAAAAUGGAACAGCCAUCGAGGAAAAAUUAGCCAUCACAUCUAGAAAGAGAGCAGCCUCUGAACUGGACAUCAAAACUCCAAGUGGUCUGGCCCCUGGACAGUCCAUCAUUGUGACUGCUCUGAAGUCCUCGGACCUCAAUAGCACGUAUGGCUCUGAUGCCUCCAUUGAUUUUGUGUCCUACAUACAGGAUCCAGACACAUCAAGGGACAUGGUUCAAAGACUCCUGGUAAAAAGAUUUUAUGGACAGAGAUUUGCAUUCUCUAUUGUAUCACUAGGCAAUGUGCCAAUGCCAGGACCCAUCACUAUAACUUAUAGUGACAGUGUAGGCCAACCCUCUACAGGCAACAGAACCAUGCUCUUGCACUGGAAUCCUGUGAUGCAGUACUGGGAGAUAACUAGUAAGACCUGUACACAUCUAACAGCACAGGAACAAGAGAUAUAUGACCCAGUGGCUCAGACAAUGACAGUCAAGGUGUGUGAUACAUAUUUGGUGGACGAGACUGUCCAAUCAUCAGGAUCCUCCAGAAAGAGGAGAGCAGCCCCCGCUUCCCCAACCUACUUUUCCCGAGAGACCAUGUUUGUGGUGUCCACGACUGCGGCCUCUAUCUACAACUCUCCUCCCCGGCUCAACGUCUCCAGGGAUGUCCAAAUUGUCGAAGAUUCAGGCACUGUCAACUAUCAACUGGAGGCUACUGAUGAAGAAGGGGAUGCUAUCUUCUUUACCUUGUCAAAUCAUACUUUAGAGUUUGGAAAUGCAACACUCUCAGAAACUGGAUUCCUGACGUAUACCCCCUGCACAGACUGUGCUGGAGUUGAGUACCUCAACAUUACAAUGUAUGAGAAUCAGACUGACCCAGAAAUUCCUCCCGCCAACUCCACAGAUGUCAUCAUAAUCACUAUACAAUCCAUUAAUGACCCUCCCAUACUGUUUGCCUCCUACAAUGGGAAAUCUCUGCUCCAGGCAGAUCCAACAGAACCUGUUGUGGUGUUGCGGGAAGCACAUUAUGAUUUCAAUGAGCAUGUUUGGCAAGAACCAUGGACUGCAUUAUUUGGGGCAUAUGACAUUGAGCCUGGAGAUACAAUGAUCUUCAAGAUGAAUGAUCCGUUCCUGAGUAAUUUGACGACAGGAAAUGAAGACACAGCUGUCCCUACUCUGUACACCAACUGUGAAAGUGCUGGGGAAAUAACUCCUACUAUGAUGCCGUGUGAUAAUUUCACCCAGAAUCUACCCCACGCAGCCAAUCGCAUGUCAUGGAAAACUUUUAUUCUCAACUUUACAACACCAGUGAAUGUGUUUGGCAAUUUCACAGUGAACUUUUAUUUUGAGGACAGCUCAAAUGGAACCUCACUACCACUCACUGUCAAAUUUGCUAUCAUGGACUCACCUUGCCGAAAUGGAGGAAUGUGUGAAUCCACCAGUUUCUUCCCCUGUCAUGAUACCCACAGAACCCACAAUUUUGAUUCCUACUACCGCUGUAACUGUACCGGAGGGUACCAAGGAAAGUACUGUGAGGACGAUGUCAACGAGUGCCUAAGUGACCCCUGUAUUCGACCUUAUGUCUGCUACAAUAGACUGAACCACUAUGUGUGUGCCUGCCCUGAGGACAACCCACAUUGUGAGAUCCUCCCCUGGAUGAUUUCCAUUAUUUUGAUCAUCAUCAUUCUGAUUAUUGUUUUGGUUGUGGUUGGCAUAUACCGAUACAGGCACAGGAGAAGUGAAAAGGAUUACAUGUUAAAGAAUAGUUUUGGAUCACAGUCAUCUUUGGGAUCAGAAUUUAACAUGGAUGAUGACGUGGUUUUAGAUGACAAAGUUUCUCUUGGUGGAUCUUAUGAUGGGUUUGAAAAUCCAGCACUCAACAUUGAACACGAUUAUGACCCAGAGGAUGAGAGGCAUCAGUUCAAGAGACACAUGAAGUCUGGCUUUGCUCCCCUCCUUCAUGCUGCUUCUCCAUCACCACUGCCAGCAUACGGCGAAGGCCAACAUCCACAUCCUGACAGCUUCCAUCCCAAAAACUUAUCUAAAGGAGUGAAUGGCCAUGCAAGUUUGGCAGGGACGCCAAAUGGUCAGAGCAGGAGCGGUACUCCAGACUCCAGAACAAGCAGUGCAGCUCUUAAACAUCGGGCCAAGGUAAAACCAGUGGAAGAAGAUGCCGUAUCAACCACCAGCCAGGUUAUGGGAAAUGGACAAAGUACACCAGUCAGUAGGUCCAGGUGCAACACUCCUGAUAUUUUCACUGCAAAUUCGGCAAAUGGGAGGUCCACUCCUGUAAGGCCAAGCACCCCCUCCCUGACAAAGGUCAACAAAGUGUCGCCUGUAGACCAGUCCCCCAACGGAAGCCAGUACUCAGGAAGCAAUCCAUCCUCCUCGGACCACGGGGGCUCUCAGCGGGGGUCUCCCCAGACUCUGGAAAUGUCACAGUCCACUGAGCUGACCAUCUCAGACAUGGAGGAUACAGGGACCAAAAUGACCAAUCUGUGAUGACCUCUGGACAUGGACUUAUUUAACCAAGGAUUUAUAAAUUUGUGUUUUCUUUCCUUCUGACUUUUGUUUUCAUUUCUCAAAUGAAUAUUUAUUACAAAAUUGUCUUUCAUUGUAUCAACUCGUCUGUGAUAUUAGCUCUAUAAAUCGUCUUUGUCAUUUUUAUCAGUUCAUGUUUACACUAUGAUAUGCGUUUAUAAAGAUUGUUGUGUCCAUAUAUAAAAAGAGAAGGAAUAUAUCUAUGAAAGGCUAUCUGUGAUAUAGAAUCUGUAUUACCAAACUAUCAGCUGUGAUAAAUUUAUAUGCAAUUAUUUUUCGAGAUAGAAAUAUCCAUGGAUCAUGGAUGGAUAACCCACAUUUUAUCAAUUUCUUGGAUAGAUGUAUGUUUCACUGAAAAAUGACAUCCCAAAUUUAUCAGUAUGAAGAUGUUUGAAAACCACAAAGAUAAUUUUACUCUUUCAGUUUUUAAUAUGUAAAUAUCUAUCAUUUCAGUGAUGAUUUUUUUUUUUAAAGUUGUAUACAAUAGCUACAUUUGAUAGAUGAUGCGAAGUUUUUUUUCUUUAGUAUCCGUCCAAUAUGAUUAUUUUUCCCAAUCAUGAAUGCAUAUUUUUUUUUAAUUU